AUAGAAAGUUACGUUACGCCACGCCGCUUUCGCGGGAGACUUGAUGUGGCUCGCGGCCGAUCAAGAAAGCCUUGCUCCAGCUAAUGUUAGAGACCGCAAACCGCCAUACCUGCCAUUGUAAAGCAGGUUAUCAGAAAUUUCGCAUCAUGCGCCGAUCGGGAGCUCCCAGCCAGCAGUAUGGAAAUGUGACCAAGAGGCCCAGGUUUGUUCCCCCGGGGGCCACCCAGUCCAGCCCAGGUCCCAGGCCAGAGCCAGCAGCAAAACAACCUCAGCCCAUGGCAUGCAGCACAAUUAACCAGGUACGGAAGUCUGUUCCUGAGCAGAAACGUGAAGCUUCUGUCCUGUCUAAUGCACUGGCAAAAAUUCUAAAUGCUGUUCCACUGGGAGAGUCCAAAGAGAAUUGCACAGUGCUGCAGAAUUGCUCCCCUUUACCCUGCAGUGAGCAGCAUCCCCCAGAGGACAAACUCAGCACUGGUUUCCAGCGCCCAUUGGAGGACCCCCUGCCUCCAUGUCCCAGCAGGCCUGGCGUUUCUCCCCCGGGUCAGGACCCCCCGCGCGUGUCGCAGACGGGUCACGCCGGGCCGGACUGCGGCGCCAGGUACUUCAGUGUGAUGUGGUGCAAGGCGUCCAAGAAGAAGCACAAGAGGUGGGAGGGGGACGCGGUGCUGGUGGCGCGGGGGCGGAGCGUCGUCCUGAAGGACAUGGAGGGCAAGGACAUCGGGAGAGGCACCGGCUACAAGUCCUCGGAGCUGGAGAGCCUGACGGAGGGCCAGUCUCUGAUGGUGGGCGGGAAGGAGGUGGAGGUGAUGGGCACCGUCUCCGCGGAGGACUUCCGUAGCGGACGCUGCUUCCAGGAGGCGGGGACCGAGACGUCGGCGACGGAGGCCCCGCCCGUUCGAAACCCCGUAUCCAAGCCCUUUUCCAGACCCUCGCUGAAGGGGGGCGGGGUGAACCAGCGAGCCCCGCCCCCAGAGGGGCUGGCCUGCGGGCCUCGACACGACCCUCUUGCACCAGGAGCCCUAGUCAUGCCAAGGCCCACAGAGAACCACCAGUGGGUGUUUAACAAAGCUGGCCUGCCCGUGGUGGACGUCGUGGUGGACCCGCACCUCACCGCACACCUCAGGCCCCACCAGAGGGAGGGCGUGGUCUUCCUGUACGAGUGCGUCAUGGGAAUGAGAGCGGGUUCCCGGCACGGGGCGAUCCUGGCGGACGAGAUGGGCCUGGGGAAGACCCUGCAGUGCAUCGCGCUGGUGUGGACGCUGCUGCGGCAGGGGCCCUAUGGGGGCCGGCCGAUGGCCCGCCGCGUGCUGGUGGUCACCCCCGGCAGCCUGGUGAAGAACUGGGCGGCCGAGUUCCAGAAGUGGCUGGGGAGGGAGAGGAUAAGCGUCUUCACUGUGGAUCAGGAGCAUUUUCUUAAACCUUUUUCAAAGUCAGUGAUUAAAAUUGUGAUGCCUGUGCGCGUGCUGGUGAUCAGCUACGAGAUGCUGCUGCGCUCGGUGGAGCAGGUGGAGCGGGUGGAGUUCAGCCUGGUCAUCUGCGACGAGGGCCACCGGCUGAAGAACAGCAGCAUCAAGACCUCGUCCGCCCUCAGCGGCCUGGCCUGUGUGCGCAGGGUCAUCCUCACGGGGACUCCGGUUCAGAACGACCUGCAGGAGUUCUACUCCAUCAUUGAGUUUGUGAACCCAGGGGUGCUGGGCUCGUCUGCGGCCUACAGGAAAGUGUACGAGGAGCCCAUCCUCCGGUCCCGCCAGCCCUCCGCCACCGAGGAAGAGAGGCGCCUGGGGGAGGAGCGCGCGGCGGAGCUGGGCCGCCUCACGGGCCUGUUCAUCCUGCGCCGCACGCAGGAGAUCAUCAACCGCUACCUGCCGCCCAAGCGGGAGUGGACCCUCUUCUGCCGGCCCGCGCCCCUGCAGCUGGAGCUGUACCGCCGCCUCCUGUCCCACCGCCUGGUCCGCGCCUGCCUGCAGGGGGCGCUGGAGAACAGCCCGCACCUGGCCUGCAUCGGGGCCCUCAAGAAGCUCUGCAACCACCCCGGCCUGCUCUACGCCACCAUCCAGGAGAAGGAGUCUGUACGAGUGGAACAUUCCGGUUCAGAGGUCUCCCUGUAUGAAGGCUUGGGGGAGCUGUUCCCCGAGGCCUACUCCACCGGCCUUAACAUCGGCGACUCCGGCAAGCUCCUGGUCCUCACCGACCUGCUGGCUGCCGUCCGCCAACUCAGCCCCUCCGACAGGGUGGUGCUGGUGUCCAACUACACCCAGACCCUGGACCUGCUGGGGGACAUGUGCUCUCACCUGGGCUACAGCUGCUGCCGGCUGGACGGACAGACGCCGGUGGCCCAGAGGCAGAAGCUGGUGGACCGGUUCAACGGCAGGUUCGCCACGGAAUUCGUCUUCCUGCUCAGCUCCAAGGCCGGGGGCGUGGGGCUCAACCUGGUCGGCGCCUCCCACCUGGUCCUGUACGACGUUGACUGGAACCCGGCCAAUGACAUGCAGGCGAUGGCCAGAGUGUGGAGAGACGGACAGAAGAAGACCGUCCACAUCUACCGCUUCCUCACCGCAGGCACCAUAGAGGAGAAGAUCUACCAGAGGCAGGUGAGUAAGCAGGGUCUCUCGGGCGCGGUGGUGGACCUGUCCAAACGGGCCGAGCACAUCAGCUUCUCCAGCGAGGAGCUGCGCGACCUCUUCACCCUGCACGAGGACUCGGACUGCGUGACCCACGACCUGCUCAGCUGCGGCUGCCACGGCGACGGCAGUCAGCCGGGUGCGGUUGAGGAGGCGAGACCCGUGGAGGAGAGGCCCUGUCAGCUGGGUCGCCGUGGUGACAGGCGCAGCUCGCAGAAGCACCUUACCAUGUCCGAGCUCAUGCAGUGGAGACACUAUUCGGGCAAGGUCCCCUCCUUCUCUGACGCCUACCUGGACAGAGCGAGGACCCACGUCACAUUCGCCCUCCAGAGCGCCACCACUGAGGGGGAGGUCCCUUCCGCGCCAGGCCCCGCCCACAUCUGACAACAGAGGAAAAAACCACUCCCCAAGUUUGACGGUCAGCCUUCAUUUGGAAAAGCUUAAAUCACUGGUGUCUACAAAGACUGUAUUGGAUGGACACAUUAAACAAUUGUCAUUUUUAAUAAAUUCUGUUUUGGAAUGUUUACGGUCAUAUUUUUGUCAUUGUUGUCAAAAGUGUAUGAAAUUAUGUUUAACCAUCAAAUAAAUUACAUUUUAUUUAAGAAA